UCAAGUAUGACAAUUGGGUACUUUUUCCACCACUGCGAGAAACAAAAUAAAAAUGGUAACACAGCAUUGCUAUGGUCUAUACCAACACAUAUACUUCCACCAGCAGAGAUAAGUGACAAGACAACAUGACUUGGAUAUAGUAAAGAAGCUCCUACUUUGUUUCCAAUGAUGGAAAAGUCCACUAGUGUAUUAUGAUUGUGCUGACAUAGAACUAUCCUGUCCUGUUUAUGUAGUUGAUGAGCAUGAGAUCCACCAAAUGUAAUGGAGCCAUUUUGAAAAGAUGAAAGGUGGGCUAAAUUUAGUUACACAUGUGCAAAAAGGAUUAUCUCCUCUGUAAUCUCAUGAAAUCCAUGGUCAUGCUCUGUAGACGAGCAGAUUGAUUAAGAGCUGGUGAUAAUGUAAUCUCCUCUGUUUAAUUAGUGUGAGCAUGGUGGGCAGCUAAAGCAAACCACAUUACACACCAUCUGGACUGGAGACUGACUGGAGCAGCAGCCCUGCUCUUAUCCACCCUCUCCAUCGUUAGUUUUUACAACAAGACACAAACAAGGACAUGUCAACGCUUGCUCUAUGUUCUCAGACUGGAUACAAGUGUCAUCCUGCACACAUCAUUAAAAACUAUUAUUGUUAACAGGAUCUUUGAACCUGCGCAGGUGAUACACUUUUUUCUAGUUUGUCUUGUUGACGGUAUAAACGGUGGACACUGCUGUCGGGUUGUCUCGGUUUCCAGCCAUGUUCUCCACGGUGAUCUCCAACAGCUGUGCACUCUAUGGGGACUAUGGCAACUAUGGACCUCCCCCAUACCCCAGGAAGAACAUCAGACCCAGAGCUUCACUUCGACACAACCCAUAUAACCCAUACAGGCCAUACCUGAGGAGGGUGGACACAAGAGUAUCUUUAGCCAAUCCCAAUAAAAUCUCCAGGACCACCAGUAGGGGGCAGUAUGUCACCAUGCCUGUUCACGAUCCAAAGCUGCAUCCACUGCCGGUCAGUCAGAGGAUCAUCCAAUCACAGCACAAAGCAAGACAGACCAGGAGUGCUGAGAGGUUCUCCAGUUAUGAUACAAGCUCCUGGAUUGAGAAAGGCUCUAGUAAACCUAAUAGAGGGAAGAAAACACAGAAUAAGGCCACAUCUUCUUCUUCCAAGAGUACAGGAGACAUAAGACACAAGAGUUCCAGUUCUAAUGGUCGCCAGCUCCAUCGCUACUUCACCAAGGAUGGCAUGUGUCGUGGCUCAUCAUACAGUUCAAAGAACAAGAUGUGUGACCUGAUCGGCACCCUGGUGGAUCUGAAGUACAGCUGGAUCCUAUUUGUCUUCACCCUGUGCUACAUCGUCACCUGGGCAGCCUUCGCAGAGCUCUACUUCCUGGGUGCCUGGCUGCGUGGUGAUAUGGAACACAUACAAGACCCGCAAUGGCAGCCAUGCUUUGAGAAACUGGACAGUUUCCAUUCGGCCCUCUCUAUCUCCAUGGACAGCCAAAUCAUCAACGGCUACGGCUCUAGAGUGGCCUCAGCCAACUGCAUGGACGGGCUGGUUCUCAUGAUGGCACAGUCCAUCAUUGAAUCAGUGUUAGACACCCUGAUGCUGGGCUGCAUCCUGGCCAAGCUAGCCAGGCCUAAGGGGAGGCUGCCCACUCUGUUAUUCAGUCAGCACUGUGUGGUCUCUGAGAGGGAUGAGAGGCUGUGCCUGAUGUUCAACGUCAAGACUCUGAAAGAAACACACAUGCUGGUGGCAGAGAUAAGAGCCAAGCUGAUCAAAUCUCACCAUACCAAAGAGGGAGAGUUCAUCCUGUUGGAGCAGAGAGAGCUGACUCUGGGGAUGGGGCCAGAUGGAGCCAGGCUGUUCACAGUGGAGCCCCAGACCGUGGAGCAUGUCAUUGAUGAACAAAGUCCUCUCUGGGGCAUCAGCGCUGACUCUUUAGAGUGGGAUACCUUUGAAAUUGUGGUCAUGGUGGACGGAGCCGUUCAAGACGCAGGCACAGCCUUCCAUGUGAGGACCUCCUACACAGAAGAUGAGAUUUUUUGGGGACAGCGCUUUAAGUCACACAAGCCACUAGAAAAGAGGGGGAUUGGUUCCAAUCACAAGACCUCUGAUAAGAACUAUAAGGUCCAGACUGCCACACAGAGUGACAGAGAGAUGGCAGUGAGACAAAGACAUGAGAGAUCUCCUGGACACAACACAGACUCUGUCCCCUCCAACAUGCCUACAAGGAAAGUACAUUACCAGUAUUUAUCUGAUCAAAUGUUACUGUGCAACUCAGUCACUAAUAACAUUGGCACAGGAACUAGGAAACUUAGUAAGAAUGAGUUCUUUAUAUAAAUAUUGACAUUUGACAUGUUGGCAUAGAAGUGUUCAUCAAAGUUUAUGAAAUCAAGCUACACUGUACAUAUCCAUCAGAAUGUUUAUACAAUGUAAAUAAACAAAUGCUGAUGACCAAUA